AUGGCAAGUGAACCUUUGUUGCCCGAGAAAGGCGCGGUGCACGUGGCUGCUCAGCAGGGCGAUGUGGCCAAGUUGCGGCAGCUGUCCGGCGACCAGCUGAGAGAGGUGUUCUGCGGCGCGACCGCCUUACACCUGGCCGCAGCUGCCAACCAACUGCGGGCCAUGGAUGUGCUGCUAGAGGUCUUCGCCGUGGACGCCCUGGAUCAGCUGGGUCGCACGCCACUGAUGCACGCAACCUUCGCCAAAAGCGCCGAGGCAAUGGUGUGGUUGGUGCACCGCAAGGCGGCCCUGGAGAACUUAUGA